CGCAUUUGUGUAUUUUACGUUCAAGCAAGAAAAUAGAGGAAAAAUGGAAAACCAUCUGAUUCCCCUGUUUCCAGCAGCCGAGACUCUAGAAUUCCAAUUCAAAACUAACGGAGACGGUGAACCACAAUUCAUAUCCGUUAAAGCAGUCGACGCUGUCUACGGCUCUCCGACCCCAGAGCAAGUAGCUGCGAAGAAUCGCAGAAUUCUCGAGAUUCAGCGAGCUCAAGAGCUGACCAAUGGCAGUGCUUUGAACCCCGUGCAGUACAGCGACGCCGUCAUCAGGCACCACAGGGUCGUUUCCGCCGCCGCCGCCGCUGCGUCAUCAUCGUCGUCCGAGCAGAUGAGUGCGAUGAUCGCUCGGAUGGGCAUAAUGGAGGCCCGAUUAAACGCAAACAGCGCUAGGGUCCACAACUCUCGAUAUGUCUACUCUUUGAUCGGGAAAUCCCCAAUUCAAAUUAUUGGCAGAAUUAGGGUUGCGUGAAGAAGGCUUUAGAAAGGGGCUAUUAUGAUCAGAUUACCUCCGGUGCUGGUCGCAUCAGAUGAUUGGCGGUGGUGGCCGGAAUCCG